AUGAGCCUCAACAUUUCGUGCACGUCUUUCGUGCAAUGCAGGGAUUGUGGCUUUGCCAAACGAUUCCAUGACUGCAACUUCUUCUUCUCCCACCUUCCUUUCUCUCUCCAUCCCCCUUCGCCUUCUCUAUCCCUCUGGACCGACUCCCGCCACUGCAGCGGCUCUAACCGCCUGCGAAUCACGUGCAACGCUGCUUCGCCUGGCUCGCAACCCGCAGAAGACCCCUACCAGGUGCUGGGUGUGCGCCCCCUGGACUCGUUCGACGCCAUCAAGGUGGCGCACAGGAAGAAGCUGCGGGACGCGGAGGGCAAGGGGGACGAGGCGGAGAUAGAGCGGGUGAGCAUGGGGGGGGAGGGGGGGGGGGGGGGGGGUGUUGGGGGAUAG